AUGGCUCCGCCAGACCUAAACUCCCUCCCUCCAUCGAGAUCAACUUCUUCGUCUCCCAUGCAACCCCGCUCGAUGCAGACCGCAAACCUCCCACCAAACCGCAACCAGACUCCUUCGCCGCGGAGCUCAUCCAUAUCCCUUGCGGCCGCCGCUGUCACAAAUGCGGCGAAUGAAUCACGGCGCUCUUCGCUGAGCAACAGAGGCUCGCCUCGGCUGGGCCGCAUGCCGUCCGAUCGCCGCCGUUCACAGGUCGCCAUGAACAUCAGCCUGAACGACCCUACCAUUCCGAGUCCGGGCGAGUUAUCAAGCAGCGACUCCCGGACUGGGUUUGGCCACAGCUAUGCCUUAGCGAGCCCUCCCACUAUCGGCGGACGAUCAGCCAUCGCGACCGGCGACCCCCACCACCAACGCCAGCCGAGUCUUGGUGAAAUCCACAAUGAGCUGGAACAAGAGCAGGAAGCACAGGUGAACCGCAUGCUACAGAUGAUCCGAGAACAACAGCUUCAACUUGAGGCUCUUCGAAGCAGUCAAGGUCCGAAUGGCACUCACUCGCGUCAUUCGUCACAACCAAACUCCGCUUUGCCAGGGAACAAUACGGCCGUCGUGGACGACGAGACUCCUGCCUCCGAACGCUCGCCGUCUUUCCCUUCCAUCCAUCCCGCCGUCCCAGCCGUCCCACCACUGACCCGACGCAUCUCCCGCGGCCCUUCAAGCGCCAGUCGCUCGCCAGCCUUGCGGCCGAUGCUGGGCCAGGAGUCCAGCAUCAGCACCGCUGUUAGCACCGACUGGCCUCCCUCACCCGUGGAGAGUGUCAGCACCGCCCGCAGGAACAGUUUCCGCGACGAGACCGCCUACUACCAAGCCGAAACCGCAAACCUGACCCGUGAGAAUCAGAUGCUCAGGAUGCGGAUACGGGAACUGGAGCGGCAGAUUAGUGAUUUGAGUGCCUCACCCAGGAAUACUCCCGCCACUCCAUCAAAUCUGGCCACCAGUCCGCCGGUCCGGGGCUCUGCUGUAGCUGAUGCGGAGGCUUCUGCAGCCGCAGGGGUGGCGAGGAUGGCUGCUGAACCGGAGAAGGUUUGA